GACAGUAACUAAGGGGCGGGGCGCCGUCACAGCGAGAACGCGGAGGCUCCGCGGGAUCCGGAAGUGCUCCGAGACCAGAAUCCAGACUCAGUCCAGGACAACACGGUCCACCAGUCACAGCGGAGACCUGCAGGACGAUGGAGAACCAGAACCUGGACCACAGGAGCCAAACAGCAGCCUCGUGCUCUGAUAGCACCGAUGUUCAGAAACAGAGAGGAAGUGAGAAAUCCAUACAUCACCGCUGUCAGCAGUGUGGCGAGUCCUUCACAAGAUCUGGACAUUUAAAGAUUCAUCAGAGACGUCACACUGGAGAGAAACCGUACAGCUGUGACCUGUGUGAGAAAACGUUCACUACAUUAGGUGUCCUAAAACGGCACGUACGUGUUCACACUGGAGAGAAACCGUACAGCUGUGACCUGUGUGGGAAAGCGUUCACUACAUUAGAUGUACUAAAACGGCAUGUACGUUUUCACACUGGAGAGAAACCGUACAGCUGUGAGCACUGUGGGAAAGCCUUCAAUCAAAAAGGUCACCUAAUAACCCAUACACGCGUGCACAAUGGAGAAAAACCGUACUGGUGUGAACAAUGUGGGAAAAUGUUUUCCCAGGGUAGUAACCUUAAAAGCCACCAACUUGUUCACACUGGAGAGAAACCGUACAGCUGUGACCAGUGUGGGAAAGCUUUCACUAGACUAUGUUACCUAGAAGUCCACAGACAUUGUCACACUGGGAGGAAACCAUAUAGCUGUGUCCAAUGUGGGAAAACGUCUACUAGCAAUCAGUUUCUCAAAAGACAUGAAUGCAUUCACACUGCAUCAGUCUAAAACUGGUAGAGAGCAAAGUUAGCCGAUUCCUCUCCACAUUAUCACGUGACUGUGAUGGAUUAGCGUCAUGUGAUGACGCUUUGAGAGUAACUACACUCCCAAAUUCUGACUAAAUGACAAAGCAUUUAAUAUUUCUGUAACAACCAGUGUCCUAAAAACUGAAAUAUAAUUGAACUAUCAUGGACAGUAUGUCUACAGGACAGAGCUGCACACCAGUUUAGCUUGUAUGUUCUCAACUAUGCACAAGUACUUUUUACUAAUUUAGCUAAAGUUACAUAGCAGCCAAUACAGGGGAGAUCCACCUCGUCUUUCUCAGCAGUUGGGGAAACUCAAAUUGCAAUUUGUUUGUUAUUUCAGUCGUUUGACAAGACUAAAAUUUUUCAACACGCCAAAGCGCCCAGUGGGAGUGACUGUUACCCGCCAUGUCCGAAAUCCCCCGCAAUUUAAUUUUGUCCCAGGUGUCGUCCACAUAUCUGUACCAGUGGCUCGGUGCUGCUCCUCUGAAGGAGUUGAGGGUUUUUCCCUCCACAUCUUCCAAGUAGAUGUUCGCCACAAUAGGAGAUACCGGUGAGCCCACUGCACAGCCGUGCUUCUGUCUAUCGAAUCCUCCGUUGAACUGGAAAUAGGUGGUGUUUACACAGAGGUCCUGUAAUUUACUUAUCUGUUCAGGGCUGAGGCUAGUUCUGUUGUUGUCUUGGAGCAGGUGUGUCUUUAUGGUUUCUACUGCCUCCAUGGUGCGGCUGCAGGGGAACAAGGAAUCUGUAUUCACUGUUUUUAUUUUCUGUUACUGAAUGUGGUUUUGUUCAGACUGAAAACAAAGACAAAUCUAGUCAACUCAAAGAAACACAGAUUCACUAAAGGUGUAUGUCUCUGUCAUGAAGCAUGUUGUUGGUCAAAG